CAUUUAGAUUGCCUUACUUCCUUCGCUAUUACAGCGACACAAACAGCCAUUUUGUUUCAGGCUUUCAGCCAGUGCCUCCACUUUCAAAUUUGAAAUUUUCAUCAAGCAAAUUAGUCCUCGAGAUUGGUUUAUUUUGCCAAAAGUAAAGCAAUCAUGUUGAGGAUUUCCGUGGUUUGUUUUCUUGUUUGUUGCAGCAGUUUACAAGCUGAGGAAAUGGACAAACUACCAAAUAUCAUAGUCAUGCUUAUGGACGAUAUGGGUUGGGGGGAUCUUGGUAUAUUUGGCAAUCCCAGUGGGGGCUCACCAAAUAUUGAUAAGAUGGGUCGUGAAGGGAUGGUACUAACUGAUGCGUACUCUGCAAAUCCACUGUGUUCACCAUCUAGAGCUGCAUUACUCACUGGUCGGCUGCCUGUCAGGAAUGGUUUUUACACAACAAAUGCACAUGCACGCAAUGGUUAUACUCCACAAAAUAUUGUUGGUGGGAUCCCAGAUGAUGAGAUUUUAUUGCCUGAACUUUUACAAAAAGCUGGCUAUAAGAAUAAGAUUGUGGGAAAGUGGCAUUUAGGUCAGCAACCACAGUACCAUCCUCUCAAACAUGGAUUUCAUGAGUGGUUUGGUGCACCAAAUUGUCAUUUUGGACCGUAUAAUGAUGUUUCGUUGCCUAAUAUUCCUGUGUAUAGAGAUCAGUACAUGAUAGGAAGGUAUUAUGAGGAGUUUCCUAUCAAUCCCAAAACUGGGGAAUCCAACCUAACCCAGUUAUAUAUAGAGGAAGCCUUGAAUUUCAUUUCAAAGGAAAAGGGUCCAUUCUUUUUGUACUGGGCACCAGACGCCACCCAUACUCCACUUUAUGCAUCUGAGGAAUUUUUACAGAAGAGCAACCGUGGAUUGUACGGUGAUGCAGUAUUGGAACUAGACAGUGGUGUUGGCAGGAUCCUCCAAAAAUUGGUCGAUCUUAAAAUUGACAAUAACACCUUUGUGAUCUUUUCCUCAGAUAAUGGAGCAGCUUUGUAUGCCAAGGUCAAUGGUGGGAUAAAUGGUCCGUUUCUGUGUGGUAAGGAGACAACAUUUGAAGGCGGGAUGAGAGAACCAACAAUUGCUUGGUGGCCUAGUAAAAUAAAGCCUGGUCAGAUGAGUCAGCAGUCCAUAUCUCUGAUGGAUAUAUUCACAACUGCGUUGAACUUGGCAAAUGUAGAACCACCAACUGAUCGCAUUAUAGAUGGAAUCAAUUUGUUGCCAGUUUUAACACAAAAUAAGCAUAUUGAUAGGCCAAUAUUUUACUACCGUGGAGACGAAAUGAUGGCUGUAAGAUAUGGCUCAUGUAAAGCUCAUUACUGGACAUGGACAAAUAGUCUUUCGGAGUAUCAAGAAGGUGUGAAUUUUUGUCCUGGUGAAUGCGUGGCAAAUAUAACAACUCAUGAACAAAUGAACUACACAUCUUCACCAAAACUAUUCCAUUUGGGAAGAGAUCCUGGGGAAAAAUAUCCCAUACGAAAUGAUGCAGAGGAAUACAAGACAGCCAUGACUAUGAUUGAUAAUAUAGUUGAAGAACAUAAGUCAAAAAUGAAACGUGGAACACCACAACUGAACUGGUGUGAUCCAGCUGUGAUGAACUGGGCACCUCCGGGCUGUGAAAAGAUCAAGAAAUGCUUGAAAAUUCCUCCAUCUCACCAAAAGAGAUGCGUGUGGGUCCACUGAAGUUAGUCUCCUGGUUGCAGU